UGUAGCUUUACAUGGAGAUUGGAAAAUCUUGCUGCUGCUCAGCUUCGGCGUGACUGGAUCAAGAAAAUAUUGGAGCACGAUUACUGAUCAUUUUGUUGUUUUUUUUUCUCGCGUGUUUUGCAUAUCUUGUGUUUGAGAGAAAAAAACAGAGAGACAGACAGACAGAGACCGGUGCUGAACCCUUUCCAAAUUCAUCUGAAGAAGAUUUUUUUUUCUCUUGUUUUGUGUGUGUGUGCGGCUGUGUAUCUGGAUGCUCCUUGGUACGGGAGCCCAACACACUUUUUUUUCAAAGAAGAUUCCCCCCCCCCCCCCAAGUGACAGUUAUUUAAUGCAAGGGGAAACUAUCCAGGGAGAAACUGCACAAUGGAGGAAGUUGACUGUAAGUAAAGCACCGCGAUAUUUAAAAGCUUAAAAUAUCCUUCACUUUAGAGCUUGUUUGUUUGGGCAACAACAAAGCAGAAAGGGGGGGGGAAGUGAAAAAUCUAAAGAGAUACUUGCAAAAAUAUUGUGCAUUCCUUUUCGUUGCUUACUCCUAAUUCUUCAAUAAAUUGUGGAGAGGGAGAGAGAAGGAGAAAGGACUGGGGGAGAUCGCCUUAUAAUCGGAAGAUGAGUUUAGUUGGAGGAUUCCCACAUCACCCAGUGGUACACGAUGGUUACCCUUUCGCCGCCGCGGCCGCCGCUGCAGCCGCCAGCCGCUGUCACGAAGAAAGCCCCUACUUCCACGGCUGGCUCAUCAGCCACGCCGAGAUGUCUCCCCCCGACUACACAAUGGCGCCGUCCUACAGCCCCGAGUACGCCAACGGCAGCGCCGGGCUCGACCACUCGUCGUACGGGGGCGUUUCAGCGGCGGCGGCGGCGGCGGUGGUGGUGGGAGGCCGGCCGACCAAGCGCAGGGGAACGGCCAACCGCAAGGAGAGGCGCAGGACUCAGAGCAUCAACAGCGCCUUUGCGGAGCUCCGCGAGUGCAUCCCCAACGUGCCGGCCGACACCAAACUGUCCAAGAUCAAAACCCUGCGCUUGGCCACCAGCUACAUUGCCUACCUCAUGGACCUCUUGGCCAAAGAUGACCAGAAUGGGGAGACGGAGGCCUUCAAAGCGGAAAUCAAAAAGGUGGAUGUAAAAGAGGAGAAAAGGAAACGGGAGCUGAAUGAGGUUCUGAAGAAUACAGUCAGCAGUAGCGACAAGAAAACAAAAGGAAGGACUGGCUGGCCGCAGCACGUCUGGGCUUUGGAACUCAAACAGUGAAAGUUUGAACCUGAACUUAGAAGAUGGGGGUGGAAGAGACUUCCACACUUGUUUCCCCCCAACCCCCAAGUACUGUCACACCAACUUUCGCACGUCGACAGAAGCUCUAGAUUGUUCAGAAUCAACUUUAUUUAUGUGCAAUUUACCCCAACCCAGAGAGAGAGGGAGAGGAUUGUUCGAAGAAAAAAGCAUUUCACAUUUGGAAAAGAAAAGCCAAGUGGGUAAGGGGUUGUAUUGUUUCAUAGUAGAUGUGAAUGUUUGUUUCCUUCUUUUUAAGUGUUAAAAAUUAGAGCACGCACACACACACACACACACACACAAAGACAAAUGUUGAUAAAGAAUUAUGUAUGUGAAGUGUAUCUUUGGAAGUACCUUGUACAUCUUUUUUUGGAUAUAAAUAUUCAAGGUUUUUUUCCCUAACGUUAUAUUGGAACGAAACGUAGGUGUGCCAAAGUGCAGUUUGGUCAUGUUAGUGUGCAGUAUAUAGUAUUAUGUUGUUGUGUUGUGGUCAUGCAGUAUUUCAUUCGAUAACUUCCCAAUAAUUGUUUGACUUGUGCACUUCCGUCCAGCAAGUGGAGAUUAAUAUUCGAGCUGUAAACGUUGUAAUUAUUGUCAAUAAAAAAAAACACUUUUUUAACAAAAA